AUGUCACAUCAGGUGGAGACUAUCGGUGAUGCAUAUAUGGUGGUGGCAGGGGCACCUGAGAAAACUAAAUAUCACGCUCAUAAUAUCUGUGACAUGGCGCUUGACAUGGUCCGGUCCAUCGACCACUUAAAGGAUCCAUCCACAGGCAACAAUAUUCAGAUCCGUGUUGGAGUGCACUCAGGAAUGGUAGUGGCUGGCGUGGUGGGACACCGGAUGCCACGAUAUGGGCUGUAUGGAGACACUGUUCACACAGCUUCAGCCAUGGAGAGUAAUGGCAAGGAGAUGCACAUUCAGCUGAGUGGUGCCACAUAUGAGCAUCUUCAAGGCAGUCAGUUCAUCUUCGAGCGAAGAGGCUCAAUCACUAUCAAGGGAAAUGUUGAUAUUGAGACGUACUGGCUGAAGGGGAAAAGGGACAAGGAUGGGAAUGCUCAGGCAACAUGUCUACAGUUUGACACUCAAACAAACAGCAAAACAGGACCGGCUCCAACAUCACCCAACCAGGACACGCCAUUGAUAAAACCAUCUGAUCUACAAGUGAAGGAAGAACAAGUGAAACCUCCAUCUUCCAAUCAAAGUAAAAUGAACACAUCAGUGAAUUCACUGGUGGAAUCGAUUGAGGACGGCAGCGUUGAGGAUGAGUCAUUAUCAAAGAUCCAGUGUAAGGAGUCAUUCUUGGAGAGUGUGCUGAAGGAUAUCACCUAUCCAUUGGACUCCUCGCACCUACCAGGCACCUGCACACAACUUGCAACCGCCUCGCAAUCAGGUCCUGUCAUGAGCCAGCUCUGCCUCCUGUUCUAGCUCUUCCUCCACAGCCAAAGAAUCAUAGAAAUAUAAACAUAGGUCAUUUGCCCUCUUUUUUCAUGUCAGUGUUUCUUUCUCAGAAGACAACAUCUACCCUCCUCUCAAAUCCCUGCUCUAUACCCUCUAGCCUCCGUGAGCCUUGCUCUCUAUCUGCUUGCCUCUGUUUACCUAGCAGUAAGUAGGAACUCAGUUGUU